AUGGAUUCUGAUAUUUGCAGGGAUAUGUCUACAACAAAUAUCACUUUCAUAGCUGACUUGGAUGUAACAAGGGAUUAUUUGAUUAUCAAGGUUCGUGUUAUAAACCAUUGGAAGCAGAAGUCUUUCUACAACAAGAAUGAAAUAUGGUUCAUUGAAUUAAUCUUGGUCGAUGAACAGGGGAGCAAAAUACAAGCAUCUGUCCCUAAAAAAUUCCUCUAUCGAUUCAAAAAUGUUUUAAAAGAUGGGAAAUCAUAUUACAUCACAUCUCCAAGCUUUGCAGCUCUGAAGGCUAAUACUUUUAGGUUAAUUCCCCAAGAUCAAAAACUCACGUUUGUCCAGGAAACAGUUGUUAAAGAAUGUACCCAAUUUAGCGGGCCUAAAUUUGGUUUUUCUUUUGUUGAUUUUCAAUAUGUGCUGUCAAUGGUUCAUCCUCAAAAUUUGUCACUCGAUGUUAUUGGAUUGGUUGUUGGUGUUGGUGAAAUGGCAACAGAAAGCACUGAUAAGUCCAAACACAAAAUUCACAUCCAUAUCCAGAAUGAAAAUGGUUUGGAAAUACGUUUGGUUUUGUGGGGUGAUUAUGCUUACCAGAUGCAAAAGUAUAUACAAGACAAUCCACAAAAUCUUCAAAUCAUUGUUAUACUUCAGUUUGCACAAAUUAAUGUUUGGAGAGAUCGCCCAAGUGUCAACACCUACUAUACAUCCUCAAGAUUGUUCAUAAACUCUGACAUAGAUGAAAUUUCUGUUUUCAAGAAAAGUAGCAAAGCAGUCCCUAACAAUGAUCAAGUAGAUGGAACAGCUAAAUCUUAUGAAUGUCAUAACGGAGAUUGCACAAAAACUACAACAUCUGUGGUUCCAAGAUAUAAGAUUUCAAUCCGUGUUCAAGAUAACACUGGCACUAUCACCUUAACUCUGUUUGAAAGAGAAGGAAGGUAUUUGUUGAAGAAAUCAGCCAAAGAGUUUUUUAACAACGCAGCCAAGAAUGGAGACAAUGUUGAUUUGUAUCCAGUGGAGAUGAAUGCAUUGAAAGGGUUGAAAUUUGCCUUUAAGAUUUCUUCAAACAGAUUCAAUAUGUCCAAAAAACCAACCAAUAUGGCAGAUAAUUCACAGUCAUUAGACUACAAUUCAUCUGAUUUUCAAUCUCAUGACAACAAGACUUUAAAGGAUGCAAUUUCUGCUACGGAUGAUAACAUAACUCCCAACACUUUGGACAAAAACUCAGCAACGAGUCCAUUGAAGAUUUCAACAACAACACCAGUUUUAAAGAGAAAUCUGCAAGAAGUUUUUGAUUUGGAGUCUAAUGAAAAUUUUUCAUCGUCAAGAACUCCAAAGACAUCCCCAGCUGGUCCAAGAAAAGAAUUGUUGAAGGUAAAGGUGGAAAAAGAUGUGUGA